AUGGACGAAUUUCAGCGUGAUUUGGAAAAGAACUCUGCUAGCAAGACAUCUGCAACAACUUCAUCGAUAGCAUCUGAUUUUGUGUCCUUCAAAACUUUUAUUGUAACCGCAUUAAACACCCUGCAGCAACAAAUGGAGUUUCUUAGACUGGAAAUGGAUCGUCAGGAGAUGCGAAGGAGGCGUAAGAUCUUGCUCUUCCAUGGAAUUCCCGAGGUGAAAUCAGAAGACCUUAUCGGUCGUGUAACCACAGCUGUUGCUGAACAUCUGAAUCUGCCUAAUUUUUCAAGUACCAGCAUCAAGUCCAGCUAUCGCCUUGGCCGCACAUCGGAAAGCAGAGCUAGGCCGGUAGUUGUAAAGUUCGCCGUAGUUUCUGUCCGUGACAAAGUGUGGUUCGCGAAAACUAAGUUUGAGGCUCGGAAGCGUUUUGGCGUGACAAAUUGCUGGACUCGCGAUGGAUGCAUAUACGUAAUUAGCUCGGAUGGAGUUCGCCAUCGAGUAGAAUCUUUAAACGAGCUUGAUGUUAUAAAUGUUGCAUCGUCUUCGUCUAAGCCUCUUGCAGCGAAUUCACCAGUACAGAUAUUAGAAUCUUGUUCUAAGAGCCCAAAUACUAAGACUAUUGUUAUGCGCCCCAAGCGAGUAAUUAAGAAG